AUGUGUGUGGACAGCACCCAGGGCUCUCAACGCUGCUGGUGUGGAAAUACCCCUUCCCUCGCCGGGGUCAGUAAUGAAGGACUUACAGCUUUGAGUUUGGGGCGUGGGUGUAAAGAUGGAGGGAUUGUGCCGCAGCACCUAUCUGAGUUUCCCUUUGGGGCUUCAAGUUUACCUCUGAAAGUAGGAGAUUUCAAAGUGAUUGUAGUGGUGUCUGAGAAUUCCGGUGAUUCAAAGGGAAAAGGUCGAAUUUUAUCAUCAUCCCAGCAGAUUGGGAGCAGGGAUGAAGUUACAAGCAUGGCUUUAAAGUCCUCCACCAGACCAGAGGUUGCAAGCAUCGAGCCAGCAGAUCAGGAUGAGCGCCAGUGUUCGCAGAAAGCUGUUGUCCAGGCACGAUCCUCACAGCCCACACGUCUGACAAGUAUCAUCUUUGCUGAAGAUAUAAUGACUGGGCAAGUACUUCGUUGUGAUGCUAUAGUUGAUAUAAUUCAUGACAUCCAAAUUGUAUCCACAACAAGAGAACUCUAUCUUGAAGAUUCACCACUGGAGCUAAAAAUUCAGGCUCUGGAUUCUGAAGGAAACACUUUCAGCACAUUGGCAGGGUUAGUUUUUGACUGGACAAUAGUGAAAGACACAGAGGCUGAUGGCUUCUCAGAUUCCCACAAUGCCUUACGUAUACUCAAAUUCUUAGAAUCCACUUAUAUUCCACCUUCCUAUAUAUCGGAGAUGGAAAAAGUUGCCAAGCAAGGAGAUACCAUUUUGGUGUCUGGAAUGAAAACAGGGAGUUCUAAAUUAAAAGCAAGAAUACAGGAAAAUGUCUAUAAGCAUGUGCAUCCUGCAGAAGUCAGACUGCUUAUUUUGGAAAACAUCCUUUUAAAUCCAGCAUAUGACAUUUAUCUUCUGGUAGGAACAUCAAUUCAGUACAGAGUUCAGAAGAUAAGGCAAGGGAAGAUUACAGAAUUAAUGAUGCCAUCUGAUCAAUAUGAACUGCAGCUACAGAACAACGUACUUGGUCCUGAGGGAGAUCCGUCUUGGCCGGUUGCCAGGUUGGACCAGGCGACGUCGGUUGUAACUGCAUUGCAGCAGGGACAAACUAACCUCAUACUUGGGCACAAGAGUAUUCGCAUGCAAGGGGUUUCCAGACUACCAAACAGCACUAUCUAUGUUGUAAAUCCUGGAUAUUUAGGAUUUACAGUUCAUCCAGGUGGCAGAUGGGUCCUAGAAACAGGCAGACUUUAUGAAAUUACAAUUGAAGUGUAUGAUAAAUCAAGCAAUAAAGUGUAUUUAUCUGAUAAUAUCAGAAUUAAUACAAAGUUGUCCAAAGAAUAUUUUGAGGUGCUGAAGUCAUCUCUGAAUGGGUCGUAUCAUUAUGUGAAAGCAAUAAAGAAGGGUCAGACCAUUAUUGAUGCUGCACUGACAUCAGUAGUAGACCAGGAUGGAGGCGUUCAUACAUUACCAGUUCCAGUGCGAAACCAGCAAGAUGUUGAAAUAUAUGUUCCCAUAGUUCUUUCACCCAGCAUUUUGACGUUUCCUUGGCAGCCAAAAGCAGGGAUCUACCAGUACACCAUACAGGCUUAUGGUGGAAGUGGAAAUUUCAGCUGGUCCUAUUCUAACCAGGCAGUUGCUACAGUGACAGUCAAAGGAGUAAUGUCAACCGGAAGUGAUACUGGCGUCAGUGUUAUUCAGGCAAUUGAUGUUCAGAAUCCAUUGCAUUAUGGAGAAAUGAAGGUGUACGUAACUGAACCUAGUGGGAUGGAGUUCACACCUUGUCAAGUUGAAGCACGCGUUGGCCAAAUAUUGGAGCUGCCCUUGAGGAUUAAUGGCCUAACAAAUGUCGAAACGGGCGAGACAGUCCCACUGAGUGACUGCUCGCACUUUGACCUGGUUGUGGAAGUAGAAAACCGUGGUGUGUUCAGGCCACUUCAAGGAAGGCUUAAGCCAACUGCUGAUUUUUGUAGUGGAGUCAGAGUGAAAGCUGAAACUCAAGGAUACACAGCACUUGUCGUUAGUUACACCCAUGGUCAUGUCCACCUCAGUGCUAGCAUCACCAUCGCUGCUUAUCUGCCAUUAAAAACUAUUGAUCCUCCAUCUGUUGCUUUAGUGACUUUGGGUUCCUCUAAAGAUAUGUUAUUUGAAGGAGGACCUAGACCAUGGGUACAAGAACCUUCAAAGUUCUUCAGGAAUGUCACUGCUGAGGAUGCAGAAAGUAUUGGUCUGUCUUUAUUUGGACCUCCUAUAUCUCGAAAUAACAUCCAGCACUGGGUUAGAGUGUCUUGCAAAAGCCUGGGAGAGCAAGUUAUUACCUUAACAGUUGGAAACAACCCCACAAUCACCAACCCUUUUCCAGCGGUUGAGCCUGCUGUUGUGAAGUUCAUCUGUGCUGUCCCUUCGCGACUCACUUUGACUCCUGUUUAUGGAAGUCCUCAGCUUGAUCUCUCCUGCCCUUUGCUGCAACAAAACAAGCAAGUGGUUCCUGUUUCAAAUUAUCGCAAUCCAGUGUUGGAUUUGGCUGCGUAUGACCAACAGGGCAGUAAAUUUGAUAACUUCAGUUCUCUUAGUGUUAUCUGGGAAUCAACGAAAAUGUCCUUAGCUAAUAUUGACCCUGAUAUGCCAAUGGAGCUGACUCUGAAAGAAGAUGGAAGCAGUCAAAAGAAAAUGCAUGGCUUACAAACUGUUCUAGUUCACCAUGAGUCUGGAACAACUGCCAUCUCUGCAACUGCAACAGGGUACCAGCAAUCCCAUCUCAAGGCAGCUAAAGUAAAAGGACCGUAUGAACCUCUUCUACCAGUGUCUGCCGCUAUUGAACUGAUACUAGUGGAAGACGUAAAAGUGAACCCUACUGAUGUCUCCAUUUACAAUCACCCUGACGUACAGGCAGAACUUUUCAUCAAAGAAGGUUCUGGGUAUUUUUUCAUUAAUACCAGUGUUGCAAAUGUUGUAAGAGUGGCUCAUGAGGAAACUCAAGGUAUUGCUUUGGUGCAGCCUCUGCUUCCAGGAUCAGUGACUGUGAUGAUUCAUGACUUGUGUUUGGCUUUCCCUGCACCAGCUAAAGCUGAAAUUUAUGUAUCUGAUAUACAGGAACUUUACGUCCGAGUUGUUGACAAGGUGGUGAUUGGAAAAACAGUUAAAGCUUAUGUCAGAGUUCUGGAUGACUCUAAGAAACCUUUUCUGGCUAAAUACUUUGCUGUCAUGGAUCUAAAACUAAGGGCAGCGUCUCGGAUUGUUUCACUUGUCCCACUCAGUGAAGCUCUUGAUGACCAUACUGCUACUUUCCUAGUGCAUGGGAUGGCCAUUGGUCAGACUAGUCUUAUGGCAACUGUUGCUGACAAAAGAGGACAAAGAAUCAACUCUGCUCCACAACAGAUUGAAGUCUUUCCCCCAUUUAGACUACUGCCAAGGAAAGUGACCCUAAUUAUUGGGGCUAUGAUUCAGAUCACUUCAGAAGGAGGUCCUCAACUUCAAUCCAACAUCAUUUUCUCCAUCAGCGAUGAGAUGAUUGCAUCAGUGAAGAGCACCGGACUGGUCAGAGGAGUGGCGAUUGGGAAUGGAACGGUAACAGGAGUGGUGCAAGCUGUUGAUGCAGAGACAGGGAAGCUUGUCGUGGUGUCUCAGGACAAAGUGGAAGUUGAAGUAGUACAGCUGACAGCUGUUAGAAUUCAUGCACCAAUUACACGAAUGAAAACCGGUACACAGAUGCCAGUUUAUGUAAUGGGCAUCACCAGUAGUCAGACUCCUUUCUCAUUUGGCAAUGCAGUACCGGGCUUAACGUUCCACUGGUCUGUCACAAAGAGGGAUACUCUGGAUAUCAAGACAAGACACAGUGAGGCUUCUUUUCGGCUUCCUGCAAAAUACAACUUUGCAAUGGAUGUUUAUGGCAGAGUGAAGGGAAGAACAGGCCUGAAAGUUGUUGUGAAGGUCCUUGAUCCUGCAGCCAACCAGUUUUACAACAUGGCAAGAGAACUGUCCGAUGAAAUCCAAAUUCAGGUUUUUGAAAAACUUCAUCUAGUGACUCCAGAAGUAGAAGCGGAGCAGAUCUUAAUGUCACCAAAUUCCUUUAUUAAACUUCAGACAAACAGGGACCGAGUGGCUUCACUGAGUUACCAUGUCCUGGAUGGACCAGAUAAAGUUCCUGUUGUAAAAAUUGAUGAGAGAGGUUUCCUUAACUCUGGGUCUUUGAUAGGAUCAUCAACAAUUGAAGUGAUUUCACAAGAAUCAUUUGGCAUCAACCAGACCAUUGUAGCUGCUGUUAAGGUCUGCCCCAUCUCAUACCUAAGAAUCUCCAUGAGUCCUAUUCUGCACACACAAAACAAAGAGGCAUUACUGGCUCUUCCCCUGGGUGUGACACUGACGUUUACAGUCCAUUUUCACGAUAACGCUGGAGAUACUUUUCAUUCGCAUAAUUCUCUGCUCAACUUUGCAACAAACAGAGAUGACUUUGUUCAGAUUGGGAAAGGAGCCACAAACAACACAUUUGUAAUCCGGACUGUAAAUGUAGGUUUGACCUUGCUUAAAGUUUGGGAUAUGGAACACAGUGGAAUUGCAGACUACGUCCCUCUCCCUGUGCAGCAUGCCAUUUUUCCUGAACUCGUAGAUGUGGUGGUAGGUGAUGUCCUCUGUUUGAGUACAUCGCUGAUAAACCAAGAAGGCCUGCCAGGCGUGUGGAGCUCCUCCUUAAGCCGCGUUCUUCAGGUCGACUCCAAGACUGGCGCAGCAGUGGCGAGGGAUUCUGGCGUUGUCGCUGUCUAUUACGAGAUUCCUGGAUUACUUAAAACGUACAGAGAGAUACUCAUUAAUAUACCUCAGAGGACUACAGCAAUGCAUGGAAGUGGAGUGAAAACAAGCUUACAAGGAGUUGCAGCCUCAAAAGUAAUAGUUUCAAUUGGGGAAAGAAAUACAAAUUUGAAAGGGGAGUGCUCGCCUGCUCAGAUUGAAGCCAUUGCUGAAUUACAACCGCAGUCCAUUAUCAAUUGCCAUCUAGAUUUUAACAAUGAUGCAUUUGACUUCCCCGCACGUGAUAUUUUUAUAGCAGAACCUGGAUUUGAUGCAGUUUCGGGGCAUUACACCUGUUCUAUCACAAUGCACAGGCUCACUGACAAGCAGCUGAAGCAUCUCAGCAUGAGUAAAACUGCACUCAGAGUUACAGCUUCAAUCCAAGGCAGCCACUUCUCUGGGGAGCAGAUCAGCACCGAGGUGCCGUUCAAUCCUGGGUUCUACGCUGACCAAACGGAAAUGCUUUUAAGUAAUCAUUACACAAGCUCUGAUGUGAAAAUAUUUGGUGCCACUGAAAUUCUUGAUACCCUGGAGGUGAAAUGUGGGUCACCAACAGUGAAGGCAUUUGAGAAAGAGAAAUCCUACGGGCUGCCUAGUUAUGUAGUCUACACCGUUAGUCUGUCUGAUCCAAGAGUUUCAAGCCAGGGAUCCUUAUCAACCACUCUAACCAUCUCUAGUCCUAUGACUGACCAGUCUAUCACUAUCCCAGUGACGGUGAUUUACUUGACUGACAGAACCAGUGCACCGAUGAGACAUGGAGCCAGUCUAUUCCAGCACUUUCUUGAUUCUUAUCAAGUCAUGUUCUUCACACUUUUUGCACUAUUAGCAGGGACAGCUGUUAUGAUUAUAGCCUAUCAUGCAGUUUUCUCACCGAAAGAGCAGCACAGUCACCCAGCGUUUACCCCAAGGACAACUCCUCAACACAGCCAUAACAGUUUCUCUGUAUCACCUGGGCUUUCCUUCAGUCCUCAGUCGUCAAGCAGGAAAACAAGCCCAUCAUCCACGCUCUGGAGCACUGACUAUGGUUCACGUUAGAGACAGCAGGACUCCUCUUCAUGCACUAGGGCU